UGCAAGUUUUAUUGCAGCUUUUAUUCUUUAUAAAAGUCCUAUAAUUUUGUUAAUUUCUUUAUACCACUUCCAUCUACCUCAUUGUCACAAAGCCAAAGAAAAAAUAAAAUAAAAUGGGCCAAUCUCUGCAGAAAUUAGCUCCUGGAACUGACGAGAAAAAACUUAAAGAACUUGAGCAAAUUGUAGAAAAAUUCUAUGAAGAUUAUGUCAAAGAAGCCAAUACUUUCGUAGAUUUCUACCGUGCAGUAUGCGAGAUAGUCGAGGAACUCAAUCACAGGCUUGGAAACACACAGAUCACACUCCCAAAGAUCGACAACCUGCAGAGGGAAUUCGAUGAUAAUCAUCGAGGGAAGGGCAGGGCGCUGACAAAAUCAGAAUUUCAAGAUAUAAUGAAAAAUUUGGUGAAAGACUCAGGAUUCACUGGAAUAGGGGCAAAGGAAACAUUGUUGUGUAUCUUUGGUGUUCCAUUGGCUACUCUCUUUAUCAAAGAUAGAGUGAUGCCUCAGGCAAUUCCCAAUGAAUUUUUCAUUCCAGGCAUCACUUCUCUCACGGUUUUCACUCUUGCUGCUCUUAACAAGAUUUGAUAUACUGUCACCAACCUAUAAUUAAUGUAUUGGUU